AUGGUUAGCAACAUCCCUCCAUUAUUGUUAGAUUGGUGGGAGGACCUUUCCUCAAGUGACAAGAAACAUGUGAAAAAGUACCUGGGUAACCUGCCUUCCCUGCUAGACAUUGAGCCAAAGAACAAAUUGAUCGAAGCUGCCACCUUAUUCUGGGAUAGUGAAAGAGCUGUGUUUCGUUUCGGUGACAUUGAAAUGACACUGCUUCUAGAGGAAAUAGGAGGACUUGCAGGACUAACUUGGGACAGUCCCGGGCUAUUGGUGCCAGAAAAUCGUACGGGCAGGGUUGGUUCACUCAUACUAGCCUCAUCAGCGUAUCACACCAGAUCAAGAGGCCCUCCUCCUCCUCCUCCAAGCAACACAAAGAGCAAAGGAGAAACAAAGAUGGACGACUUAAGUGGAAUCCGAAAGGAAAAUGUUGUGAACACUCAGGCAGCUAGUGAUGUUGAGGUAACCGCAUCAGUUGCAUUCGAGGUAGAAGUGGCUCCACCCGCAGUCACCUCUGCUCCAUUUGAAGUAGAAAUGGUCACACCUUUUAAUGUAACGGUGUCAACCACACCCUCAUUUAACUCAAAGGCAAUACCCUGGGAUUAUGUUGCCGAGGCUCGGCGAAAAGUGAAGGCCAAGAUAAUGGUUAAACAAAGGGGCGCCAAACAAUCCCAACAACCCGAGAGAGGUGGUUCCUCCCGAGGGGGUAAGGGUAAGAGAAUUGCAAAGCUCACUCCCCAGGCUCGGGAGAACAUAAAAAAGACCCAGAAAUUGAUAAGAGCUGCUGACAAGUCUGCUUCUCAUUCGUCGGGGACUGCGACAUCCAAGUUGUCCACACUGUCUUCCACCAUUCAGACCCAGUCAGCACCUCAGCCUGCUCAGAUUCCUCACUCCAUUGAGGACACUUUGAAGAAGCUCCUGGAGAACCAGGAAAGGAUUAUGAAGACACAGGCUACUUUGACUACAGCUGUGGAGUCACAUGGCAGGGCUCUGAAGGAGCUUGCCAAGGAGCACAGGAAGAUGAGGAGGUCAAGGGCUUCCAAAGAGUCCGUGAAAGAGCUGCGGAAAGAUCCUGUAAGGCCAUCAACACAAUCUUCGGGUUAUGGUCAGCAGUUAUUUCACCCACGUGGCGGAGCUGCUCCCCCACAAUGGGGACCCCGAGGUGGUCAUCCUGGGCAGUUUCCAGGUUAUGAUUACCAUCAAAGAGGACAAUAUUCAUCUCGCAGCCCACAAUAUCCACCUCCUGCCUAUGGAAAUUAUCCUCCACAGCAAGCACCAAGAGGCGGAUUUGGUCAGGGUUGGGAGCAAAGGCCUCCGGCCUCUAUGCAGGGACCUCGGUUACAGGUUGGUGUUUGUAGUUAUUAAUUGCACUUAUAGCCAAUGCCUCAGCAUUUGCUUCCCUCUUUAACAUUCAUACUCAUGCUUUCUGGUCCUUUAACGGGCCUGCCUUCUCAGGCAAACUACAACUAUGAGCAGGCACAUGGUCCAGAUUAUGGCCAGUCAUACACUCAUCACCAAGCACAGCAUGGACAGGGCUAUGGGCAUGGAUACACUGAUGUAAAAUAUGAUCACCAGAUGGCACCACAGAAUCAGUAUGGAGGACAUGGACCUUCUCAGCCAACUUCUUACCCUCAAAGUGGUGCACAUCCCAGCUAUGGCACACACGAACAAUACGGUAAACCUCCUUCAUAUGGUAUGCAUCCACAGGCUUCCCAUUCGCAACCUUACAGCCAUCCCAGGGCUAAUCAACCUGGAGAAGUGCCAUAUCAGCAGGGUCCAACUCCAUCAACUCAAGGAUAUGGUGCUAGUAUGCCGCAGCAGCAGCAGCAAUACCCCUAUGCAUCCAGUGGGCAAAUGCAACAAACUUACCCUGCAUAUGGAUCCACCGCUACCGCCGAUGGAUACAAUCACCCACAAGCUGCUCCAGCUUCUGGUCCUGGGUAUCCUCAGCAGAGGGCCCAGCCUGUUCCUGGAUAUGGUCAGCCUGUACCACAACCACCUUCUGCUUAUGCCCAAGCAGCCCCUGCUGGAGGUUACAGUUCCUACCCUUCACAGCCUGCUUACACUGAACAGCAGGCGACAAACAGUACACAAUAUCCUAUGACCUUCGAAAUACAAUAUUAACAUUGUCAACCUCAGCUUAGAACUCCUCUAGUUUCACCUCCAUAUCAUGU